GAUUAAAAAGGAAUGUGUAAAACUAAAUAUGGCCGCCAUUGUUUACAACAGUAACUGCUGAGAGACUAGCUGAGUGUAUUUCUGUUUUUAGUGUGCAAUAAUAUCAGUGUAUAUUCUGGCGCUUACAGGGAAAAGCAUCAGUAUCGAAAUGAUAGAAGAAGAUUAACGUUAUGGUUGUGUUUACAAGUAGAAAGUCACCAAAUGAAGAUACAGAUCCUUUAGUUUCUGACAGGUCCUCCGCUUCCACCAUGUCGAAAAGUCGAAAUAUCUGCCGCAAAAUCGCGGCCUCAGUUGAGAUACUGUUGAGGCUCCUUGUGAUGAUAAUUUCAAGAUUUUGGAAAAUGUGCACUACUGGACUGUUGAUUGUUACAUUGUUGUUUUGGACUGAAGGAGGAUCUUAUGCCUUUUGCUUCUUUAUAUUGGGUGUAAUAGGCCUUAUGUACCAUGCUCAAGACAUGCUGCUCUACCACCCAGAGUCCCCGUCCGACUCGCGCAUCAUGGUGGUCACACCGGACGCCUUCCAGAUGCCCUUUGAGAACCUUUUCAUCCGCUCCCGAGACGGGACGCUCAUCAAUGUGGUGCUCAUCAAGCAGAUACACCGAGCCUCGUGCACCAUCGUCUUCUUCCAUGGCAAUGCUGGGAACAUCGGCCACAGACUUCAGAAUGCCCUGGGCUUGUAUUCUGUGUUGAAUGCCAAUGUUCUCAUGGUCGAGUACCGAGGCUAUGGGAAAAGUGAGGGAAGCCCAAGUGAAUCUGGCUUGUACCAGGAUGCCGAGGCAGCUAUGGACUUUCUUCUGAAGCGGCCAGACCUGGAGGGUACGCCCAUCAUCGCGUUUGGCCGCUCACUGGGCGGGGCGGUCGCCGUCAACAUUGCCGCCUCGUCUUUCUAUGGGUCCAAACUUUCUGGUCUCGUGCUUGAGAACACAUUUACGUCCCUGUACGAGAUGAGUUUCAAGAUACUGCGUCUCACUUGUAUCAAAUACAUUCCACACUGGUGCUAUAAGAAUAAGUUUCCGUCACAUCAAAGAAUCGACAAAAUCAGCAGUCCUAUAUUGUUUUUAAGUGGUUGUAUGGACGAGCUCGUCCCUGCCAAGAUGAUGAAAGAGCUCUACAACAAAUCCAAAUGCAGCCUCCGCCGUCUGGAGACAUUCACAAAUGGAACUCACAACGACACUUGGAUGUCUCCGGGCUACUAUGAGGCGUGGAUGCGAUUUAUUCCAGACGCUCUGCGAGUUCAGCCAGAUCUGCGUCAUGACCAGGACAGCUCAAGCAGCAAGGAGCACAGGAUGGAGUCUGUCAUGUCUAUAUGACCUUGUCUCCUCACCGUCCAUACGGCCUGACAUACAGGCCUUGUUUUGUUGUUACGUAAUAUUAUAAUUAUUAUUAUUUUUUUGUAUUAUUAAUUAUUACAACUCGUGACCCUACACCCCCCACCUUUCCCGGCUAUGAUUCCUUCUAUGGUUCUACUUCUCAGGCACCAGUCAACCAUCUUAUUGAAAUGUCAACUGUAAUUUUGUGUACAGCACUACCCACAUUAUCUCCACCUCUCGCCUCCUGAGAUUUGGGAUUUCAGUCCACACAUUUUCACUCAGUCGUGUUGCUGUCACACUUCCCUUUACAACGACGAUUCCUGCUUCCACCAGAUAAAAACUGAAGACUAUGGGGGGUGGGGGGUGGUGGGGGGGUGUUAGAAAUGACGAAUACAUUUUGAAUUAUUUUGAGUUGUUCCACAAGGGGACUCCGUAACACUACAGUUUUAAAAUCACACGGUUUUUUGAAGAUGGAAAAAAAAAAGGCAGGAUUCGUAUAAAAAUAACAGAAAAA